CUCCCCCCUCUCUCUCUCUCAUAAAUUCAUUAAACCUCAGCCCCCAAAACCCUGAAAACCCAGAGCAAGGAAUCCCCACCGUCGCAAACUUCUGGUUUUGACAUUUAAUCAAACAGUUGAGCUGCGAUUCCCGCAUUUCAUCGAUCGGAUCCCGAGAUGGGGGGAAAGUCAAAUAGAGGGAAGAAUCGUAAAGGGUUGCAGCAAAGCGCUCCGAAUUCUGCAGAGCAGUCGGUCUCUUCUGAUAAUCCCGUAAAUGAUAGUUCCAGUGACGUACAUGUUAAUGCUAAUGAAGAUAUAGAUUUGAGCGAAUCGGUGGAAGUACAGUCAGAGGUGAAGGAACAGGAUAAUGAAUCCCAAGAGCAUCUUGAGAAGCAAGCUGAUGUUCAUCUGUAUCCCGUUUCUGUAAUAACACAAGGAGGGGAGAAGCUUGAACUGCAGUUGAGUCCUGGAGAUUCUGUAAUGGAUGUUAGGCAGUUCCUUCUUGAUGCCCCAGAGACAUGUCCUGUCACUUGCUAUGAUUUGUUACUGCACACAAAGGAUGGUACUGUGCAUCAUCUAGAAGACUACAAUGAAAUUUCUGAAGUUGCUAAUAUUACUUCGGGAGGCUGCUCUUUGGAGAUGGUUGCUGCAUUAUACGAUGAUCGAUCCAUCAGAGCUCAUGUUCACCGGACUAGAGAGUUACUUUCUCUUUCAACAUUGCAUUCUUCUUUGUCCACAACGCUUGCACUACAACAUGAGAUGAGUCGAAAUGCAUCUGCCAAUUCCAAUUCAGGAGAGGCCGUGAAAGCUAAAGUGGCAGAAGUCGAGAAGCUGGGUUUCAUGGAGAAUGAUACAGAUUCACUGCCUAAUUUUUUUUCGUCACCUUCCAAAGAGAUUAAAUGUGUUGAAAGUAUUGUUUUCUCCUCAUUCAAUCCUCCUCCAGGCCACAGAAGGCUUUAUGGAGACCUGAUUUAUCUAGAUGUGGUAACACUGGAAGGAAAUAAACAUUGUGUCACGGGAUCCACAAAGUCUUUCUAUGUGAACUCCAGCACAGGAAAUAUUCUUGAUCCAAGGCCAAACAAAGCUGCUUCAGAAGCAACAACCCUUGUUGCACUUCUGCAAAAGAUCAGUCCAAAAUUCAAGAAAGCUUUUCGUGAAAUUUUGGAGCGCAAGGCCUCUGCACAUCCCUUUGAAAAUGUUCAAUCUCUCUUGCCACCAAAUUCAUGGCUUGGCUUGUAUCCUGUUCCUGAUCACAAACGUGAUGCAGCUAGAGCAGAAAAUGCUUUGACAAUUUCUUUCGGAAGCGAACUGAUCGGCAUGCAGAGAGACUGGAAUGAAGAAUUGCAGGCUUGUAGGGAGUUCCCACAUACGACACAUCAGGAAAGGAUCUUGAGAGAUAGAGCUCUUUACAAAGUGAGUUCUGAUUUCGUUGAAGCUGCAACUAAUGGAGCUAUUGGAGUGAUUAGCAGAUGCAUCCCACCUAUUAAUCCAACUGAUCCAGAAUGCUUUCACAUGUAUGUCCAUAACAACAUAUUCUUCAGUUUUGCUGUGGAUACGGAUGUUGAACAAUUGCCCCAGAAGUUGGCCUUGGAAGAGCUCUCUAAAGUCGAAACCACAGGCACUUCUCAAAAUACUUCUGAUAAGAAAGAAAACAAUCUGCCAAAUGGAUCUCUUAAAGUUUCUACUUUGGAUGGAUCUUCUGUUCCACAUGCAGAGAAGGCAUUGUCCUCUGAUGUGCCUGCAGAGGCUCAGUUGGCUGAAAGUGAGCAAGCCACGUAUGCAAGUGCUAACAAUGACUUGAAAGGCACAAAGGCAUACCAAGAAGCUGAUGUUCCUGGAUUGUACAAUCUUGCUAUGGCCAUAAUUGAUUACAGAGGUCAUAGAGUGGUGGCGCAGAGUGUCUUGCCUGGAAUCCUUCAAGGUGAUAAAUCGGACUCCCUUCUAUACGGUUCUGUUGACAAUGGCAAGAAAAUUUGCUGGAGUGAAGAUUUUCAUUCCAAGGUGCUGGAAGCUGCCAAGCGUCUUCAUCUGAAGGAGCAUUCUGUGGUAGAUGGAUCUGGUAAUGUUUUCACGCUAGCUGCACCAGUUGAGUGCAAGGGCAUUGUUGGCAGCGAUGACAGGCAUUAUCUUUUGGACUUGAUGAGGGCCACUCCUCGUGAUGCAAACUAUACUGGAUCAGGCUCCAGAUUUUGUAUUUUGAGGCCUGAGCUUAUAACUGCCUUUUGCCAUGCUGAAGCAUCUGAGAAGUCAAACUCCGGGUGUGUAUCAGAAGGAGAGAAUCCUUCUGAUUCUUCGGGUGCCAGUAAUGCUGAAGAACUGGUGACAGUGGAGGAAAAUACAGCAACAGCAACAAUUGAUGCACAGGAUUCUAUGGAUGGUGAAAAACAGAAGAUUCAAGCUACCAAAGAGAUACUCUUCAAUCCUAAUGUUUUUACUGAAUUUAAGCUAGCUGGGAACACAGAGGACAUAGCUGCAGAUGAGGAAAAUGUGAGGAAUGCAAGUCUGUAUCUCAAAGAUGUUGUACUGCCUAAAUUUAUACACGAUCUUAGCAGCCUCGAAGUUUCACCUAUGGAUGGACAAACUUUAACUGAAGCACUCCAUGCUCAUGGUAUUAACGUUCGUUAUAUUGGAAAGGUAGCUGAAGAGACCAAACAUAUGCCUCAUUUAUGGGAUCUUUGUUCCAAUGAGAUUGUUGUCAGAUCUGCUAAGCAUAUUAUCAAGGACACUUUAAGAGAUACAGAGGAUCAUGAUCUUGGCAACACAGUUUCACAUUUUUUUAACUGUUUGUUAGGGAAAGUUCAGGGUGUUUCUGCUAAAGAUGUUCCAAACAGCACACUGUCGAAAAAUCCAAAGAAGGGUCAUUCGGGAAACCAUGCUUCAGGCAAGUCUUCCAAAGGACAAGAUAAGUUAGGAAAAGGAGGAUAUGCGAGAAAGAAGCAAUCCUUGUAUUUGAGUAUUACCUCUGAAAGUUUGUGGACUGACAUCAAGGAAUUUGCAAGACUCAAAUACCAGUUUGAGUUGCCAGAAGAUGCAAGGGAACGGGUGAAGAAAAUUGCAGUUAUACGAAAUCUUUGCCAAAAGGUCGGAAUCACCAUUGCUGCUCGCAAGUAUGAUUUCAAUGCAGUGGCGCCUUUCCAAGUUUCAGAUAUAUUGAAUAUCCAACCAGUAGUGAAGCAUUCUAUUCCAGUCUGUUCAGAAGCCAAGGAUCUCAUUGAAACCGGAAAAGUUCAGCUAGCAGAGGGAAUGCUUAGUGAGGCAUACGUCCUAUUUUCUGAAGCUUUUACAAUUCUCCAGCAGGUCACUGGACCAAUGCAUCGAGAGGUUGCAAACUGUUGCCGCUACUUGGCAAUGGUCUUGUAUCAUGCUGGAGAUAUGUCUGGAGCAAUAAUGCAACAGCAUAAGGAACUAAUCAUAAACGAACGGUGCCUUGGACUCGACCAUCCUGACACUGCUCACAGUUAUGGGAAUAUGGCUUUGUUCUACCAUGGUCUUAGCCAAACAGAGCUUGCACUGCGUCACAUGUCACGUGCAUUGCUUUUGUUGAGUUUGUCGUCUGGCCCAGAUCACCCUGAUGUUGCUGCUACUUUCAUAAAUGUCGCAAUGAUGUAUCAAGAUAUCGGAAAAAUGGAUACAGCACUUAGAUACUUACAAGAAGCAUUGAAGAAAAAUGAACGAUUGCUCGGAAAGGAACAUAUUCAAACCGCUGUGUGUUAUCAUGCUUUGGCAAUUGCAUUUAAUUGUAUGGGAGCCUUCAAGCUUUCUCACCAGCAUGAGAAGAAAACAUAUGAUAUUCUUGUAAAACAACUUGGUGAGGAUGACUCUAGGACAAAGGAUUCUCAAAACUGGAUGAAAACAUUUAAGACGCGUGAGCUGCAAAUGAAUGCACAAAAGCAGAAAGGACAAGCUUUGGAUUCUGCCUCUGCUCAAAAGGCUAUUGAUCUACUAAAGGCUCAUCCAGACCUGAUACAAGCAUUUCAAGCUGCCGCCGCUAAAGCCGGAGGUUCUGGCGGCUCCGCCAACCAAUCAUCAAACGGUGGUGGUGAAACUCUUCCACGAGGAAGGGGUUUUGAUGAAAGAGCCGCUAAAGCUGCCGCUGAAAUAAGGAAGAAAGCAGCAGCUAAGGGUCUUUUGACACGCCCACAAGUGGGUCCCACACAGGCCUUACAGCCGCUGACUCAGCUCCUUAAUAUAGUCAACUCAGGGUCAACACCUGCUGCUGUAAACGAGGCUGUUGAUGAGGGGAAAAGAGAAUAUUCCGGUGACAUUUCGAAUGGAGUGAAAGGUCCUGAAGAACAGGCUCCGGUUGGAUUAGGAUCGGGUUUGGCUGCAAAGAAGACGAAAACAAAAUCCAAACCAACUUCUUGAAAUUUCAAACCCGAAAAAAAGUCUAUUUUCUUUCUAAAACUCGUAAUGCUCAAUUUUUUGUCUAAUUUUUGUUAGGUUAGUUCUUUUUUGGGAGUUGAAUGAUGCAACACCUCCAUGAUUUGAGUUUAGAUACAUGUUGUACUUGUGAAAAAUACCUUUUAUCUGUUGAUAGGGUGUUUCAACAAGUUUGCUCAAAAUAAUUUUGCUUUAUGUAAACAUUGUCUUCGGUUUACUCAUUAUGUUGAUUAGAAAUACGUGUAUUUUUGUUUUAUUAUGUUGUAAAAUUGCGUAUUUAAUCUAACUAUUUUGUUUGAUGAU